UCCAUUGCAGGAGGAACAAUGUAGAAAGAUGCAUUGGUAUGUAUAAAGGCCGUUGAGCUAUUUUGCGGGAAGAGCGGGAGAGCUGCUACUGCUCGAAGAAACUCGGAAGCGUCGCAAACGUUUGUGCAGCGCUGCACAACACUUGCGUCCACUACAAAGUGGAAGGAAAUCAUUUGAAUACUCCAGCACUUGCAGCCUAAGAAGAUAUUGGUGGUGAUAUUUGUGCGGAGCUACCUCAAGUGAGGCAGUUGGAUGAGGAAGUUAUAGGAUUGCUGGCACAAAAAUUUAAUAAAUAUUGAAGCAAACCGUAUCUAAUGGAAGUAGCUGCGGUAUCAUCAGCUGAUCAGUUAUUCUAACUUUUUGUUCAUCUGUUAAAGAACAUAUGUUUUCAACAAAACAAACAAGCGAACUAAAGUGCGUAAAGUGUGUUUAUAUUCGGAAGAAAGGUGUUUUUUUUUUAAAUAAAAGAUAAAGAUUCGAAAUGUUGGCUGACGUUGAUGUCUUUGUGACGAAUUAUACUAUAGUCGAUCCGGAAAUAUAUCAAUUGUGGAUCGAGGGCUUUUCAUCCACAGAAGCUGUUUGCUAUUUAAAACAAAAAGGAUUCGGUCAUUUGAUGGGUGUGCAUAUUGAUUUAAUUACUUCAGAUGUCUUGGAUCAUUAUCGUACUUAUUCUUUAAUAGAACGAUUGUUACAUGCUCCCACAAAAAUGCUGGAGCAAUCCUGUUUUCAAUUAGAACUAGAAGCCAGAGAAAUGAUUAUAGAAAAAUAUUAUUCCAUAGACGACGCAGUUGCUCGGGAAAUUUUGGGAAAAAAGUUAACAUCACGUUAUCGCAAAGAUCUGGAUGAGGUAUCGGAAAAAACUGGCGUUAAAUUAAAAUCUUGCCGUCGACAGUUUGACAAUGUUAAAAGGAUAUUUAAAGCCGUUGAAGAGUUGCCGGGCAAUUUAACAAAUAAUAUAAAGCAGAUCUUUUCCUUACCUGACGAAUUGGCUAAAAAGUAUGCUUCCAUAGUAUUUUUGGCUUGUUUACGUUUUGAAACUUCCAAGAGGAAACUACAAUAUUUAACUUUCAAUGAUUUAUUUGCCUGUUCACAAGCUGUUAUGAUCUAUUGGACCUAUACAUAUCAACAUUCAGGACCUGAAUACUAUGACACGGAAAUGGAUAAAGAAUUUUUAUUGGAUUUAAGGGAAUUACGUAAUCUCUUGGAUAAAGAAAAAGAAAUUAAACACUUGGUUUGCCUACGUUUAAAGCCUGUAUUACUGGAACGAGCUUUCCAUGAAUUGGAUUUAAAUUUCCGCUCCUAUUGGCGUCCUUUAAUAAGUAUUGCUUGCAAUUUACAUCGCACUCGGGAAUUACGCGAUUUAUUUGUGGACCUUUGUGAGAAGUUGAUAGAGCCGUGGCGUCAAAAUAACUGGUCUCGUGAUCAUGUUAAUAAGUUUUUGGCAGCGAUAACACAAAGUGUUUUAGAUUUGGAAAUUUCUAGAGAUCAAGAGACCCGCUGUUUAUGGGACCGUUAUAUGCAAGUUAUAAGUAUUUGUUUAGAGAAAAUGUAUCACAUAUAAAAUUACUGAACCGACUUGCAACGAAAUGGAAAUAUUUUUGCUUUUAUAUCAACCCAUGGAAGGUGCAAUGCCAUAGUUUAUCAUUUAAAAUAUUCGGAUAUAUGUAUUGGAAGUGGCUAUAAAUUGUACAUCGUGACAAUAUGAAUAUAUAUCUCGCUGUUAUUAACAGUUUCACGAUCGUAAGAAUUAAUAGUGCACUAAAAUUUGAUAUAUAAUUCUAUUCUGUUUAAGAAUAAGAACGAAUUUAAUAUACAAAAGUCAGCGUACAGCAACAAUAUGAAAAUGGGCAGUGAUGUUUGCAUGCUGUAAAUGAAGAAAAUUUAGAAGAAGGAAGGAAGGGCAAAAGGGUCGAAUUGGCAAGUCUCCUUUGGGAUCGGAGAACCGAAUAUGCUCUCAAGCAACAAGCAACCAUUGACCACAACUAGACGAGAAAGAGUGAUUAUUUUGCUAAGAUAUGAUCGCGUUUUGUAAACCAAAUACCUGGAGUGUAUUAAUAAAACGGUGCUUUCGAUUAGGAAACACAUCGAGAGAG